UUUGUUUCGGUUUCAUUCAGCGAUUCUUGUAUUGCAUGUGCGAAAAGACUAUUAUAAUAUACUUUCAAAGAUAUUUUACACGUAAUGAUUGCUGUUAUUUAGAAAAAUAUUAAGUUUUUAUCAUUAACAUGAAUAAUACUUUACGUGAUCUAUAAAGGAAAGUUAUCAACAUUGUGAUCUGAUUGGUACUGAUACUGACUCAGAGAUGGGUGUUACUGGGCUUUGGCCCCUUUUGAGUGAACUUGCUGAAAAAAAGCCUCUUUCUUAUUUAAAUGGCAAAAGAGUUGCAGUUGAUUUAAGUGGCUGGGUUGUUGAAGCUGCUCGAUGUAAUGGAUUGAAAACAGCCAAAAAUCCUCAUUUAAGAAAUUUGUUUUUUCGUGUAUCCCGCCUUCUGCGAAAUGGUGCACAUCCAGUAUUCAUUUUGGAAGGUAAUGCACCAUUUCUUAAAGGAGAUGCUAUUAAACAAAGACAGCCUCAUCCACACAAACAUUUUUCUAACUCAGAACAUGUGUCAAGAGGAAUGUUUGACAGGGUUCUGGAACAAUGUGAACAGUUACUCAGAUCACUGGGUGUUCCUUGUCUUAAGAGCUCAGGUGAAGCUGAAGCAUUAUGUGCAUAUUUAUGUUUGAAAGGGGUUGUUGAUGGUGUGAUAACUGAAGAUAAUGAUGCUUUCUUGUAUGGUGCAAAUGUUGUAUUUCGAGAUUUCAGUAUUGAUCCAAAUGAUUCCCAUGUAAACCUGUACAGAUUAAAUUCUAGCAGAAACAAAUUACAUUUGAAUCAGAGGAAGUUAGUUGCCCUGGCUUUGCUUUUAGGAUGUGACUAUUUUAAAGGUGUUCCUGGAAUUGGCAAAGAUGCUGCUGUGAAAUUACUUUUUGAACUUCAAGAUACUGAUAUUCUUCAAAGGUUUAAAGAUUGGAAACAGUUAAGCGAAUCUGACCUUUUUCCUGGAUAUGAUUCAAAACCACUUAAGAAAUCAACUCAUUGUAGUCGAUGCAAUCAUACUGGUUCUAGCUCAAAGCAUAAAAAAGAAGGAUGUGAAAUGUGUGAAAGUAAAAUUACCUGUUAUUUACCUGAUGUUAGCAAACCUUGCACUUGUUCAUGGCAUAAGAAAAAUGAAAUUGAACUGAAAAGAAAAACUGAAUUGAAAAUUUAUAAUAUUGUUAAGAAAAUGGGUAAUUUUCCAGAUUUAAAGGUUAUAGAUGAAUAUUUAAAUUAUUCAGAUGAAAUACCUGAAGAAGAAAAUUUAGAAUGGAAAUGUCCAAAUUUAGAUGAAUUUCAGGAUAAAGUUUUAACUUAUUUGAAUUGGACUCUUGAAAGCAGUUUUAAAAAAUUCUUGCCCAUUUUUACUUCCUGGCAACAGCUGAAAAUUACUAAAAAGCAGGAGUGCAACAAAAUUAACUUAUCCUUUGAACCGGUUCGAAUUUUGAAAGAACAUACUAUAAAAAGUGAGGAUUAUUAUGAAGUUUUGUGGAGAGAGAGUGGUGCCAAAAUUUGUAAAGUUGAAAUGCCUGAAGAAAUCAUGAGCACUUAUGAAUUUACUGAAAGGUUUGCUAAAGCUUAUCCUGAGAUUGUUAGGACUUUUAAAGAAAAGUGUGAAGAAGAAAAAGAAAAGAAGAAAGAAAAAUCCAAAACUAAAAGAGUAGUCUCAGCUAAUGACAAUUUUAAGGUAAAACCAGAACCUGUAUUGAAACUUACAGAUACCCUGUAUACGCCUGUAAAAAGUAUUUUUCAAAAUCAACAUAAUGCUUCUAACAAUAAUGUAGAAAACUUAUCACCUUCCUGCAGUUCUUCAUUUAAGCUUCAAAAUAAAGAGAAUGAUUCAUUUGACAGCUUUUUGGACGUCCCUUUAUAUGAAAGAAUAAAGCUGCUGUCAGUAAAUUUAACAAAGCAAAAGCAAAGUCAAAAACAUUCUCUGACCAAAUCUGAAGAUUUGACUAGCAACACUAGUUAUGUGAAGGGACAUGUUUUGAAUACUUUGGUUGAUGCUUCAUCUAAGAAUAAUCCGGAAAAUUCAAAGUGUUUGGAAUUUGAAGAUUCUGAUGAUAGUUUUCUUGAAAUACUGAAAAGUCAGGAGACACACUUCUUGAAAUUCAAUUCAAAUGUUAAAAGGAAAAGUGUAAUUUGUAACAGUGUUCAAAAUGAAUAUCACUGUGCUACUCCUUUAGGAAAUAAAACCAGCUCUUUGCAUAACUAUAAUAUCGAUUCAAAAUCUAAAAUUUUUUUGACUCAUUCACCUCAAAAUUCUGCAAAAAGUUCUCAUUUCUUAGAAUUUAAUGAUACUGAUGAUAGUUUUCUUGACAUCUUGAAUAGCCAACAGCAAUUUUAUAUAAAAUCUAAUUCAAAAAUAUGUAACAGUAGUUAUAUUCAUACUGCUAAUGAUAGCAAAUGUCAUAUAGGGUAUGAUAGAGAUGUCAUAAGAAAAGGUCAAGCAGGUAGCUUAAAGGAACCUAACUCUGUCAGAAAAUAUUGGUUGUGUGACUUUUCUAAUAGUCAAAAAAAUGAAAGUCCAAAACUGUUAUAUUCAUUGAGCCAAAAGCCAUCAAAUAGUAAAAACAUUUUAAAACAUAAUCCUUUGUUAUGCAAUCAAGUCCUCAAUAGCACACCCUCUCUUAGAUUAAAUGAAAUGACUCCAAAAAAGAUUUCUUUUAAACUAAAUAUUUCAUCAUCACCAAAUAUAUUUCAAGCCAGUUUAUUAGCAUCACCAGCUGCAUUGCAGGGCAAUUUAUUAACUUCACCAACUACAUUUCAGUGUAAUAUUUCAAAUGUAAUUUAUUCACCUCUGAUAUUUGAAUCUAGCAAUGAUUUGACUGAUUCGUUUUUUUAAUUGUGUAUAUUAAUUUAUUAGAUAGUGUUUAAAUAAUUUGUAAACAAAUUAUUUUUAAUAAACUCUAAAUAUUUAUCUUUAAAA